AUGGUGACUGAGCCCCAGCUGUCUGUCCGCUCAGACGCAGGGAGGCGUAUGGCUCUUACCUCACGGGUUCAGGCUCUGAAUCAGAACAGUCAACAAAAGAUGGAGAGAGGCGAUGGGGUCUCGUGCUUCUUCAACUUCACAACCCCCUCUGGGGUGCUGCUGUCCCCAAACUACCCCCAGGAAUAUGGAAACAAUAUGCACUGUGUGUGGCUCAUCAUCACCAAGCCAGAGAGUAGGAUUAACCUGGCCUUCAAUGACCUCAGCAUGGAGAAGCAGUUUGACUUCCUCAGCGUCAAAGACGGUGGCAAGGCUGAGUCUCCCAUCCUGGGUACGUUCUCUGGUGACGUGCUGCCAGCUCCCAUCACCACCAGUGCCCACGUGGCACGCCUGGAGUUCCUGACUGACCACACCUACACAGAACGAGGGUUCAACAUCACCUUCACCACCCAUCCAACCCCCAUCACAUCCAACUCCCCCAGCCCAUCCACCCCCCAUCAUAUUCAAUCCCCCCACCAGCCCAUCCAACCCCCCACCACAGCCAACUCCCCAGCCCAUCCAACUCCAACCCCCACCACAUUCAACUCCACCCCCCCCAGCCCAUCCAACCCCCAUCACAUCCAACUCCCCCAGCCCAUCCACCCCCAUCAUAUUCAAUCCCCCACCAGCCCAUCCAACCCCCAUCACAUCCAACUCCACCAGCCCAUCCAACCCCCAACAGCCCAUCCAACUCCCCAUCACAUCCAACUCCCCAGCCCAUCCAACCCCCAACAACCCAUCCAGCCCCCUAUCACAUCCAACUCCCCCAGCCCAUCCAACCCCCAAAAGCCCAUCCAACUCCCCAUCUCAUCCAACUCCAACUCCACCCACCCCAACCCAUCCAACCCCCACCAGCCCAUCCAACCCCCCCCCAUCACAUCCAACUCCCCCAGCCCAUCCAAACCCCCACCACAUCCAACCCCACCAGCCCAUCCAACUCCACCCCCACCAGCACAUCCAACCCCCAGCCCAUCCAACUCCUGCCCCCAGCCCAUCCAACCCCCCAGCCCAUCCAACUUCCCCAGCCCAUUCAACCCCCCACCACAUCCAACUCCCCAGCCCAUCCAACUCCACCCCCAGCCCAUCCAACCCCCCACCAGCCCAUCCAACCCCCCCCACUCCCCAGCCCAUCCAACCCCCACCACCUAUCCCCCACCCCCAGCCCAUCCAACCCCCAUCCAUUCAAGCCCAUCCAACCCACCCAAGCCCAUCCACCCCCACAUCCAACUCCCCAGCCCAUCCAACCCCCCAGCCCAUCCAACUCCACCCCCCACAGCCCAUCUAACCCCCAUCACAUCCAACUCCCCCAGUCCAUCCACCCUCCCCACCACAUCCAACUCCCCCAGCCCAUCCACCCCCCACCACAUCCAACCACACCAGCCCAUCCAACCCCCCACCACAACCAACUUCCCCAGCCCAUCCAACUCCAUCCCCUCAGCCCAUCCAACCCCCCACCAGCCCAUCCAACCCCCCACCAGCCCAUCCAACCCCCAUCACAUCCAGCUCCCCCAGCCCAUCCAACCACACCAGCCCAUCCAACCCCCCACCACAUCCAACUCCCCCAGCCCAUCCAACUCCGUCCCCCAGCCCAUCCAACCCCCCACCAGCCCAUCCAAACCCCCACCAGCCCAUCCAACCCCCCAUCACAUCCAGCUCCCCCAGCCCAUCCAACCCCCCACCAGCCCAUCCAACCCCCAUCACAUCCAACUCCCCCAGCCCAUCCAACCCCCUACCAGCCCAUCCAACUCCCCAUCACAUCCAGCUCACCCCCCACCACAUCCAACCCCCAUCACAUCAACCCCCACUAGCCCAUCCAACCCCCCGCCACAUCCAACCCCCAGCCCAUCCAACCCCCACCACAUCCAACCCCCCAGCCCAUCCAACUCCCCAGCCCAUCCACCCCCCCCCAUCCACUCCCCCAGCCCAUCCCCCCAGCCCAUCCAACUCCCCAGCCCAUCCAACCCCCAUCACAUCCAACCCCCAGCCCAUCCAACUCCCCAGCCCAUCCAACCCCCCAGCCCAUCCAACCCCCCAGCCCAUCCAACCCCCCAGCCCAUCUAA